GUCGGAAGCUGACCCAGGAUGCCUCUGUACUGCUCUCGGACCCCGGCAUGGGCCACACUUAAGUUGUUGUCCCGGAGAUCACUGCGCAUCUCCCGCGCUGCACCAUCACAGCCCCGGCACUGCUGCUGGAGCUCUCUGCGGACCAUCCAGCCUCUAAAACGGCCACUAUUACUGAAACCCGCCCAUUCUUUACAUCUUUGGAGCAGCUUUAGCUUCUCAAAAAUGUCCACGGAGACUAGAACGUCCCCCUCCUCCGCGGCGAUGUCCCAGAGGAUGGUGUGGGUGGACCUGGAGAUGACUGGCCUGGACAUUGAGAAGGACCAAAUAAUUGAAAUGGCCUGUAUCAUUACAGACUCCGACCUGAACGUUAUUGCUGAGGGCCCCAACCUGAUCAUAAAGCAGCCAGAUGAGCUGUUGGAUGGUAUGUCAGACUGGUGCAAAGAACACCACAGCAAGUCAGGGCUGACCGCGGCCGUCCGGAGCAGUAACAUCUCUCUGGAGCAGGCCGAGUACGAGUUCUUGUCUUUCGUCCGACAGCACACGCCCCCUGGACAGUGCCCUCUGGCUGGUAACUCUGUUCAUGCAGACAAGCGUUUCCUGGACAAGUUCAUGCCACAGUUCAUGUACCACCUUCACUACAGGAUCAUCGACGUCAGCACCAUCAAGGAGCUCUGUAGGCGUUGGUUUCCAGACGAGUACAAGAAGACGCCGCAGAAGAGAGCAUCACACAGAGCCCUGGGUGACAUUCGUGAGAGCAUCAAGGAGCUUCAGUUCUACAGAGCCAAUGUCUUCAAGUCCAGUGCAGAGGAGAAGAAACGCAAGAUCAUCGAGAACGGAGGCAACUGCAAAACCUCCUCCUAACAGCCAACAUAAGUCUGACCUAGAGAGCUUUUAGCUUGUGUUCACAUCAUAAAGCCCUGUGCUUUGAUACUGUUCAGAGGUUUUAGGUCUAUAUUUCUUUAAUGGGAGCAAGAAAAAAGUACAAAAAAUUAUAUAUUUU